AUGAAGACAACGUGGAAGGAUAUUGCGCCUGUGCCCACCAACCAGGAAUUCUUGGACAUUGUCCUGAGUCGCACUCAGCGACAACUGCCCACCCAGAUUCGUGCUGGUUUUAAAAUCAGCCGUAUCAGAGGUUUCUAUACUCGUAAGGUCAAGUACACCCAGGAAACUUUCUGUGAAAAGUUUCAGGCUAUCCUCGAUGGAUUCCCUCGUCUGCAGGACAUUCAUCCUUUCCACAAGGAUUUGAUGAACACCCUUUACGAUGCCGACCAUUUCCGCAUUGCCCUCGGUCAAGUCUCGACUGCCAAGCACUUGAUUGAAACCGUCUCCCGCGAUUAUGUCCGUCUCAUCAAAUAUGCGCAAUCUCUAUUCCAGUGUAAGCAGCUCAAGCGCGCUGCGCUCGGUCGCAUGGCAACCAUUUGUCGUCGCCUCAAGGACCCGCUCGUGUAUCUGGAGCAGGUCCGUCAGCACUUGGGCCGUCUGCCUUCGAUCGACCCGAACACCCGCACCCUUCUGAUUUGCGGCUACCCCAAUGUUGGAAAGUCCAGCUUCCUGCGCAGCAUCACUCGUGCCGAUGUCGAUGUCCAGCCGUAUGCUUUCACCACCAAGUCCCUGUUUGUCGGCCACUUCGACUACAAGUACCUGCGUUUCCAGGCCAUCGAUACCCCCGGUAUUCUUGAUCAUCCCCUGGAGGAAAUGAACACCAUCGAAAUGCAGUCGAUUACCGCUGUUGCUCAUCUUCGCUCUGCCAUUCUGUACUUCAUGGACCUUUCCGAGCAGUGCGGUUACUCUGUUGCCGACCAAAUCAAGCUUUUCCACAGCAUUAAACCCUUGUUCGCCAACAAGAUCGUCUACAUUGUCGUCAACAAGAUCGAUGUCCGUCGUCCCGAGGAUCUGGACCCAGAGCAGCAGCAGGAGUUGCAGGAGAUUCUGAAGUCCGGUGACGUGGAGAUGCUGCAGGCCUCCUGCACCACCACCGAGGGCGUGACCGCUGUCAAGAACGCCGCCUGUGAUAAGCUGCUUGCCGAGCGAGUUGCGCAGAAGCUCAAGUCUGGUUCCACCACUGCCGAGAACGCUACUGGUCGCCUGGGCGAUGUCCUUGCCCGUAUUCACGUUGCUCAGCCUAUGGGUGGUGUUCAACGCGAAACCUUCAUCCCCGAGGCUGUCAAGAACCUUCAGAAGUAUGACAAGAGUGAUCCCAACCGCCGCAAGCUCGAGCGCGACCUCGAGGAGGAGAAUGGUGGUGCUGGUGUCUACAGCUUCGAUAUGCAGCGUGACUACACAUUGGCGAAUGCGGAGUGGAACCACGACAAGAUUCCCGAAGUCUGGAAUGGCAAGAACAUCUACGACUUCGUGGAUCCGGAUAUCGAGUCCAAGCUGGCUGCUCUGGAGGAGGAGGAAGAGAAGCUAGAGGCUGAUGGCUAUUAUGACUCGGACGAGAGUGUCGAGGAUGCCGAGGACGCCGAUACUCGCAUGAAGGCUGAUCUGAUUCGCGAGAAGCGCGUGCUGAUGCGUAAUGAGGCUAAGAUGCGCAAGUCCCUUAAGAACCGCGCUCAGAUUCCCCGCAGCUCCAAGUCCAAGAAGCUCUCCGAGAUGGAGCGUGGCCUUGAUGCGGCUGGUUACGAUGUGGAUGCCGCUGGCGACCGCGCUCGCUCCCAGAGCCAGGCUCGGGGUCGGACAGCGACUCGCGGUGAGCCUGCUGAUGAUGACGCCAUGGACCUCGAUGACCCGCGCAAGGCUAUCGCUCGUGCGAAGAGCCGUGCUCGUAGCCAGGCCGCGACUGACCGUCUGCAUGACGGUGUGGUUGAUGAGACUGCUCGCUCCAAGGCCGAGCGUCUGGCUAAGCUGGGACAAAAGAAGAUGAACCGCAUGGCCCGCCAGGGUGAGGCUGAUCGUCACACUACUGCCUCUCUGCCCAAGCAUUUGUACACUGGAAAGCGCGGCAUUGGCAAGAACCAGCGUCGUUAA